CGAGCUGCUGCCGUCUCAGUACUCAACGGUAAAUAUGAACAAAGCCCCCUUUUCUAUACUGGCUGCUGUCAAUGUGAAGAUCACGUACAAUAAAUGUCACUGCGUUUGUCAGUAAAGGAGAAACAUAAGAAUAUCUGACAAAUUCAGUUGCUGGACAAGACAAUGUCUGACACGAACCAAACCUCAGAGCUUCCUGAUGCAGACGGAGGGCGUCUAGAGGAAAACACUGGGCUAUUAAAUGUGAAAGAAGAGGAUAAGACAGACAACAUGAAUAGUCAUCAGACUGAAAUACAUUGGUCCCAACCUGCCGACGAAGAUAUAGUGAAAGCUAAGAUAACAGAAGAUCUGUGUGUGAGGCGUCAGCUGGGAGCCCCUGAUGAGGAAACAAGUGACAAUAUCAGCUCAGAUGAAGAUAACGCUGAUAUAGUGAAAGUUGAGAUAACAGAAGAUAUGUAUUUGUGUGAUCAGGUGAAGACCGAGGAGGAUGAAGUUCCUAUAAAUACGUCUUCAGAUGGAUUCACAAACGUCUGUGACCCUAAUUAUGGUCAGAGUGCUGACACUUCCUUUAAUCUUUUUCAAAAUCAAGGACGCCACACAGGAAAUAUAUGUUCUGAAUGUGGGAAAUGUUUUUCCUGGAAAUCACAACUUAUUAGACAUCAGGAAAUUCAUAAAGGAGAGAAAGCAUUUUCAUGUUCUGAGUGUGGUAAAUAUUUUACUCAGAAAGCAUAUCUUAACACUCAUCAGAAAAUACACACAGGCGAGAAAUCAUUUUCAUGUUCUGAGUGUGGGAAAUGUUUUACUCAGAAAGCACAUCUUAUUACUCAUCAGAAAAUUCACACAGGAGAGAAAUUAUUUUCAUGUUCUGAAUGCGGGAAAUGUUUUAUUCGGAAAUCACAUUUUCAAAAUCACCAGAAAAUUCACACAGGAGAGAAAUCGUUUUCAUGUUCUGAAUGUGGGAAAUGUUUUAUUCUGAAAUCAUAUCUUAUUGGACAUAAGAAAAUUCAUAAAGGAGAAAAGCCAUUUUUAUGUUCUGAAUGUGGGAAAAGCUUUACCAGGAAAUCAAAUCUUGUUACUCAUCAAAAAAUUCAUACAGGAGAAAAGGCAUUUUCAUGUUCUGAAUGUGGGAAAUGUUUUCUCAUAAAAUCAGAUCUUAUGAAACAUCAGAAAAUUCAUACAGGAGAGAAAGAAUUUGAGUGUUCUGAUUGUGGCAAAUGUUUUACUCUGAAGUCACAUCUUAUUGGACAUAAGAAAAUUCAUACAGGAGAGAAAGCAUUUUCAUGUUCUGACUGUGGGAAAUGUUUUACUCUGAAAUCUACUCUUGUUACUCAUCAGAAAAUUCAUACAGGACAGAAACCAUUUUCAUGUACUGACUGUGGGAAAUGUUUUACUCUAAAAUCAUAUCUUAUUGAACAUCAAAAAAUUCAUACAGGAGAGAAAGCGUUUUCAUGUACUGACUGUGGGAAAUGUUUUAUUAAGAAAUCAACUCUUAUUAGACAUCUGAAAAUUCAUAGUGGAGAGAAAACAUUUUUAUUUUCUGAAUGAGGGUAAUGAUUUCUUAGGAAUUCUGCUCUUAAGUGUAUACUGGAUACACUGUUCAUUACUAUUGCACUGAAGAUUUCUCAAUUUUUUCUAAUGAACCUUGGCCAUUUAAAAAAAAAUAUUAUAGUAAUUAAAAAAGCUGAACAAAAUAAAUACUUAAUAUGUGUAUGAUA